CAGUCCCGGAAUCUACCGAGCGCCGAACCGGACAGUGAAACACGAUGCGAUCGUUCCUAGCGAUCACCGUGGUGUGCCUGCUGGCCUGUACCGCCAGCGGCUACUACAUGACGAAGGAGGUCAAGUAUGCGGACAAGCCGUUCCUGGAGAAGCAGAAGGCCAUGCUGGAGAUCUUCCAGCACGUGCACCAGCCGGAGCUGCACACGCACCUGUGGGAUGACCAGAAGGCGUUCGAUCUGGCCGCGUACAAGGAGCACUUCACCAAGCCGCAGGUCGUCGAGGAGUUCCUGCGCUUCUACAAGUACGGCUUGCUGCCGAUGGAGGAGAUCUUCUCCGUGUACAACGAGUACCAUCGGGAGCAGGCGGUCGCCCUGUUCCAUCUGUUCUACUACGCCAAGGAUUGGGACACGUUCUACAAGACGAUGGUGUGGGCCCGCUUCCACGUGAACGAGGGCAUGUUUGUGUACGCGGUCACCGUGGCGGUGCUGCAUCGGGCCGACAUGCAGGGCAUCGUGCUGCCGGCACCGUACGAGAUCUACCCGUACUACUUCUUCAACGACGUCGUGAUCAGCAAGGCGCAGCGCUACAAGAUGCAGGGCUUCUAUCGCAUGAAGAAGGCCGACGGUGUGUACAGUGCGUUCAUCCCGAGCAACUACACCGGCUACUACGUGCACAGCAAUCCGGAGCAGCGCGUCAGCUACUUCAUGGAGGACAUUGGCCUGAACGCGUACUACUACUACUUCCACGCCGACUACCCGACCUGGAUGGGCGGCAAGGAGUACGGACUGUACAAGGAUCGGCGCGGUGAGUUCUAUCUCUACCAGCACCAGCAGUUCCUGGCCCGCUACUAUCUCGAGCGUCUGUCGAACGAUCUCGGUACGAUUCCGACCUUCUCCUGGUACGAGCCGAUCGUCACCGGGUACUACCCGUACCUGCGCUACUACAACGGUGUGCCGUUCCCGGCCCGCGAAAACUACCACAACGGCUACACGGAGAAGCACGACGUGGUGCAGGAGAUCACGGACUACGAGCGUCGCCUGAUGGAGGCGAUCGAUUACGGAUUCAUCAUCCUCCCCGACGGUACGUUCGUGAACAUUACCACCCCGACCGGGGUGGAGUAUCUGGGCAAUCUGAUCCAAUCGAACGGCGACAGCGUGAACAAGCGCUUCUACGGCUACCUGGAGAAGGUGGCCAAGUUCUUCCUCGGCGGCUCGUUCGAGAUGUUCAACGAGUUCCGCGCGGUGCCGAGCGUGCUCGAGCGCUACGAGACGGCGAUGCGCGAUCCGGUGUUCUACCAGUUCUUCAAGCGCGUGAUUGGCUUCUACUACCGCUAUCUGGACACGCUGCCGAGCUACAAGUACGACGAGAUUAACUUCCCCGGCGUGAAGCUGGAGACGGUCGAGAUGGACAAGCUGGUCACGUACUUCGACAACUUCGAUGCGGACAUCACGAACGCCGUCGAUGUGGAGGUGUUCGACGAAACCACGAUGAAGGCGGGCGAGAUGAAGAAGUUCGGCAAGAUGGCCCACUACCAGGGCGAGGACUUUGUGCUGUACGCGCGCAUGCCCCGCCUCAACCAUCUGCCGUUCUCGUUCAAGCUGAACGUCGUGUCGGACAAGCCGCAGAAGGCGGUGGUGCUGGUGUUCCUCGGCCCGAAGUACGACCAGUACGGUAACGCUUACAGCGUGAACGCUAACCGCGAGAACUUCUUCCAGCUCGACCACUUCCUGGUCGAUCUGGUGGCGGGCGAGAAUGCGAUCACGCGCAACUCGCAGGACUUCAGCUGGUUCGUCAAGGACCGCACGACCUACUUCGACCUGUACAAGCAGGUGAUGCAGGCGUACAACGGUGACUACAAGUUCCCGCUCGACAUGUCCGAGGCGCACUGCGGCUUCCCGGCCCGUCUGAUGCUGCCGAAGGGCAAGAAGGGCGGCAUGCCGUUCCAGUUCUUCUUCAUGAUUGCCCCGUACCAUGCGCCGGAGGUCGAGCGCUUCACCGGCUACGAUCAGACGCUUUCCUGCGGCGUUGGUUCCGGUGCGCGCUACAUCGAUGCGCUGCCGUUCGGCUAUCCGUUCAAUCGCAAGAUCAACGAGGCUACCUGGUUCACGCCGAACAUGGUGUACUACGACACGAUGAUCUUCCACAAGAGCGAAACGGAGGUCAACUCGGUCGUUGUCUAGGCACGCGCCAGCAGCGGUUUGCUUUGGUUUGAGUAGAAUGAGCGAUGUUUGGGUUUUUGUUUGCAGUUAAUAAAUUAAACGUACAAUCAGA